AUGCUUCUUUCUCCGACGUCCACAAGUGCUAUUCCCCUUCCCCCUCAACCUCACGCCUUCUGGGGUAAAUUCAAACCAAAACCAAAGGAAGGAGAGCCGAAGCAAGGGCCAAUGGCAGUAGCAAGGCCCCGUUUGUUAACUCUUGCUUAUGGCGAAAUGGAGACGUUGCGGAUGCUGCCCAAUACUUUUGGUGAGCUAAUGGCCGCAGCACAAGACUGGACCAAACCUCCUCCAGACGCCAUGUUCAACCUACGCGUACCAGUUGAAUACGCCUCGAUACAGGCUGCUCGAUUAGUCGCUGGUCCUUACAUCUAUCUUACUGGCGAAGACUCUUAUCAAAUAGCUAUAAUGGGUGUACAAGGUAUAAGAGUCGAGAUCGUCAGCGAUGCUCCGCCGCCCCCAGAUGAACCACCGCCGCCUCCUGUUCUUGAAAUGCCUGGAACUUUUAAUCUGGAACUCACUCCUGGUCAAACAGUCGCUUUAGAUGUAACUGUAAGCUCUGAUGAGUUGGAUAUGUCGAGAAUGGAAGAUGGUACAUUGGUUGAUGGAAUGUUUUGGGGAAAACUCGACAUUAUACAUUCCGGUGACACUCACACAAUGGAAUUCAGCGGGACUAAAGUUCCACCCGGCGAGGACAUUCCCCAAGACCUAAUGAUUGACAAUAGGAUCAUCAGCAAACUGGCUACUGUAGCUAAGCCCACAGCAGCCAAAUGCAAUCUUACUAUCCUAUCUCCGACUAUCCAAUACUGUGACGUUGUUCUCACUUUUUCCACUCUUUGGAAAGCUGGUGUUGCAUGGCCACCUCCGGAACAAAUUGAAGAGCACAAGGUAAAAUAUUUCAUGCGUGUACAUCCUGGAGGUGCCCUUGAGCAUUUCGAGAGCGAAAUGGUAUCUACUGCUUUGUACUAUGAAGCCAUACCCGAUGCAUCCAUGCUGGAUCCUGACAACUUCAUUGCCCCCCGUAAUGGAUUCGCGAUGUCGUUCCGUGAUUUCGUACCUCAUUUAAUGGCUGUACUGGAUCAACUGGGGAUGUCAUUACACGCUCGUACUGCCUUUAUCAACAAUAACGUAUCGGCAUUCGCAGCGCACAAAAACAUUGCAUACCGGUUCUUGUCUCCCAGCAAAAUUGCCGCCGCUGUUGAUAUCGCUGUAACGACUGACCCAUGCGUCUUCACUCGUUUAUUCCUUAUUUUUCGUGGAUUGAAUGACGAAGAAGUUGGGAUGUUUGCAGGAGCGGGAGAGAAGGAAGCAAAUGCUCACAAUUGGAGAGAAAUUGUCGGCUGGUCCGAGCAUUCGAAAGACCCAGAGCAAUUUAGGGUACUAGAGACUUCUGUUGAACUUGACCGUGAAGCCAACAUUGCAAAAAAUCGUGCACUAUUCGAGAAUCUGGGCCUGAAAGAUGCUGUCAAGAAUCUUGGGACGUCAACCAAAACUAAUAAAAGUACAGCAAAACCUGUCCAACCAAGGGCUCGAGUGAAGCGCGAGAGAUCGGAAGUAGAGGCUCCACGGCGUCAGUCAAGACGGCUUCUUACCAAGCUUCAGAAUGAUAGAGAUGAGACGCCAGAAGAAAGGAAGAAACGGGAGGCGGAAGAGCAGAUACAGUUGGCGAGGGAAGCUGAGGCAAGGCUAGAAGCUGAAGAAAAGGCACGCAUGGCGAAACGGCCACGCCACGAUACUCUCAACUUUAAAACUCUUGCGGAAGCAGACGUCCCACAAGAUAUAUCCAAGCUCUCGGAAACAAUGCAAGAUCUUGCCCAAAACACGGUUCCGCGACGCACAGGAAACCCCGAAGACUUUACUUACAAGGAAGAGUCGAAACAUCAGAAGGAAGUCAAAGAAAUUCGUGAAAAAGUCAAAAACCUCAAGGUUAUAUCAAGAGCAAAAGUAACGACAAAUAGGGUUUAUUGUGCGGCAUACCAUUCCGACGUCACUAAAGAUUUGAUAUUCUUCGGAGACAAACAUGGUCAACUUGGUAUAUGGGAUGCCAGGGCUCCACCUGAUGAAGAAAAUGAAGAUGAAGACAUUGCACCAGAGAAUAGGGAAGGUGGCAAGUACUGGCGACUCCAACUCCACUGGCCAGCAACUUCAAAGUCUUCCAUCUCAAGCAUCAAGCUAGACCCCAUUGACAGUCAUAAUAUUUAUACAAGCUCUUAUGACUGCACGAUACGCAGUUUAUCUUUUGUCUCGGGCUCUUCCACUGAAAUAUAUAGCACCGAUGAGAAGGCUCUGAUAUCAAGCAUCGACUUGCCUGUAACUGGACAAGAAAUAUGGUUGUCAGACAGUAACGGCGGAGUUACCCACCUCGACCUGCGCGAAGAAAAAUCUAAAGCACGUAGGUAUGAACUUUCGGAACAGAAAAUUGGAGGCAUCAGUAUCAACCCCACCCGUCCCAAUUUCUUACUCACCGCGAGUAAUAGUCGUUAUGUAAAAAUUUGGGACACACGGAAGCUCUUUGAUAUGCCAAUAGAAUUGCUAGACAAGGAAGCAGCAAACGAAAAGUCUCUAGAUUUUGAUCAAUCUAUUAUCAACGAAUAUCUUGCAACAGAUGCAGGAAAAGGCAUGUUCCGCGGAGAGUGGAGACACGACAAGUCUGCAAGUUCGGCGUACUGGGAUCCAAGAGGGCGUUCGAUCGUCAGCACCAGUUAUGACGACACAAUUCGAUUAUGGGACAUUCAAUCCCCAGCAUUCAAAUCCGAAGCGGAGUUCCCGAGCAUGAGGCCUUUCUGUCACAUUAAACACAACUGCCAAACUGGCAAGUGGUUAACGAUUUUGCGAGCACAGUGGAGCCCGAACCCUGAUGUCUAUCCUCAUUUCACUGUCGGCAAUAUGGAUCAUUCUUUGGAUAUCUACUCUGCCAAGGGAGAUCUCAUAACGCAGCUAUCUGAUCCCACAAUGAUAAGCGCUGUUCAGGCGGUUACAUGCUCACACCCUACUCUUGUGGAACGCGCCGCUAGCGGCAAUGCCAGUGGAAGGUGCAUUUUAUGGGCACCUGAAUCUUUGGCAAUGGUGUAG